AUGGUUGAGUUCAAUGAUGAUGAUUAUUAUUAUUAUUCUAGAGAGUGGCCUACCAAUACAAUCUUCCAUUGCAUUGGGCAACAACGCAACUCCCUUUAUAAAACAUCAGAUUUGAGACAAACCCAUUCCAGACUGCCUCCUCCCCACCAAUGUUCCUAUUGGUGUAACCCUCCCCUCCUCCCUCUUCCGCCGCCGCCGCCGUCGUCAUUGUCGCGACCAAUGUCUCGUCUGCACUCCCGGGGCCGCUUCUUGGCCCUGCUUGUACUGGCUCUCGCCCUCGAGACCUGCUCUGCGGCAGAAGGGGACGAUCUGAACGUGACAGUAGAUCCAAGGUUCAGGUUUGAGAACCCAAGGCUGCGGCAAGCCUACAUUGCCCUCCAGUCAUGGAAGCAGGCCAUCUUCUCCGACCCCCUCAACUUCACUGCCAACUGGGUCGGCCCCGACGUGUGUUCCUACAUGGGCGUCUUCUGCUCUCCCUCCCCUUCCAACCCGUCCCUUCGGGUCGUGGCUGGCAUUGACCUCAACCACGGCGACGUCGCGGGAUACCUUCCCUCCGAGCUUGGACUCCUCAGAGACCUCUCCCUCUUCCACAUCAACUCGAAUCGGUUCUGCGGGACCGUCCCGAAGACGUUCCGGAAGAUGAAGCUCCUCCACGAGCUUGACCUCAGCAACAACCGGUUCGUGGGCGGGUUCCCGAAGGUGGUCAUCUCCCUGCCUUCCCUCAAGUACUUGGACUUGCGGUUUAAUGAGUUCGAGGGCGGUGUCCCCUCCAAGCUCUUCGACAAGGACCUCGAUGCCAUCUUCCUGAAUGACAACCGGUUCCAGUUCGGGCUCCCGGAAAAUCUCGGGAACUCGCCGGUGUCGGUCCUGGUUUUCGCCAACAACAACCUCGGAGGCUGCAUUCCGGGAAGCAUCGGGAAGAUGGGGAAGACACUGAACGAGAUCAUCCUGCUCAAUGACAACCUCACGGGGUGCCUGCCGCCGCAGAUCGGCCUCCUUAAGGAGGUCACGGUCUUCGAUGUCAGCUUCAACAACCUCCAGGGCUCAUUGCCUUCGUCCAUCGCCGGCAUGAAGAGCGUGGAACAGCUCGACAUCGCUCACAAUGGCUUCACCGGAGAGAUCCCUGCUGCGGUCUGCCGCCUCCCGAGGCUCCAGAACUUCACCUACUCAUUCAACUACUUCACCGGGGAAGCUCCCGCCUGUCGCGCCAUCUCCGGUGGUGGAAGCGGUGGCAAUGUGGUCUCCGACGGGCGAAAGAAUUGUAUUCCAGGGAAGGCGGAUCAGAGAUCAGCCAAGGAAUGCUCCUCUGAAGCUGCUCGUCCAGUGGACUGCAGCAAAUUCAAGUGCAGCAGCAGCAGCGGUUUUCCGGUGCCCGUCUCGCCGCCCAUUUCUAGAAAGAGACCGCCGGUUCGAUCGCCGCCACCUCCCCGUCUAGGCCAAUCACCUAGCCCGAAAAGGAGGCUGCCUCCUCCUCCCCCGAAAUCGAGUUCUUCGCCCUCGUCGAGAUCUACUCCUCCACCACCACCCACAUCAAAGUCGUCACCGGCCACGAGAUCGGCUCCUCCUCCUCCUCCAACAUCCAAAUCUUCACCCUCCGGAAAGGCAAGUCCUCCCCCACCGCCUCCUAGUCACAAGGAAUCACCCUCUUCGCAUACUCAGCCACCGCCGCCUCCCAAGGAAAGUUACUCCUACAGCUCCCCGCCACCGCCUCCCACCGAAAAAGGGUCCCCCGUUGUACGUCUGACCCCACCGUCCCCGCCACCGCCGACUGAGUACUCCUCCCCUCCGUCCUACGGGCACAUGACGACUCCACCUCCGCCACCGCCACCGCCACCGCCACCGCCAUCAACUCACUAUACUUACUCAUCCCCGCCGCCUCCGCCACCAACUCAAUACAGCUACCCAUCGCCCCCUAACCCAUCACAAUCCCCGCCACCUCCUCACUAUACUUACUCAUCUCCGCCGCCGCCGCCACCAACUCAUUACAGUUACCCAUCGCCACCGCCCCCGUCACCGUCGCCACCGCCAGCUCAGUCUAAUGGCUCAUCGCCACAACUGCCACCGCCACCCUCUCAUUAUAGCUAUGCAUCUCCCCCUCCACCGUCACCGCCACCACCAGCUCACUACACUUACUCAUCACCACCUCCACCAUCCCCCUCGCUGCCGCCGCCACCAACUGAGUACACUUACUCAUCACCACCUCCACCAUCCUCCUCGCCACCUCCGCCACCAGUUCAUUACAGCUACCCAUCGCCGCCUCCCCCUUCACCGCCACCACCAACUCAUUACAGUUACUCAUCGCCACCACCACCACCAACUCAUUACGGCUACUCAUCACCACCGCCACCCCCACAAGAAGAAGGUCACACCUCGCCACCUCCCCCUCCUCCCUCCGCUGGUUGUGUGACCCCCGAGCUUCCGCUUCCGCCGCCUUCACCAAAGACCGAGCCGCCAUCGUCCCACCACCACUCGAAGCCCCACCCACCUCCUAAAGAGCACCGGCAGCACAAAUCUCCCCCACACUCGUCCUACUCUUACUCAUCUCCGCCACCGCCAAGCUCACCGGAGAACGUCCCACUUCCGCCGAUUAAGGGAGUCUCAUACGCGUCGCCGCCGCCCCCAACAAUUCCUUACAACUAAAAGUCAAACUUUCUAAUUUGACCGGAAGAUAUUGAAGGGAAAGAGACCGGGAUUCUUCCAAUGCGACAAGACAACCUGCCGGACUGUAACAUCAAACGUUUGCGUUUUUUCUCAUGAUUUCUUUCAUUUUUUGGGCUCAGUAUAUUUCUUCAAGCCAAUGGUUUGUAUUAGCAAAAUAAUAGCUUUUGUUUUUUUCUGUGUCUUCUCCAUUAAUGUUUAUAUAAUCUGUCACUCCGCUUAUCCCUUUUAAGUUUGAACCUCAUAUAUAUAUAUAUAUAUAUGUGGAGGCAUAUAUAGUUUCUCA